CUUUCACUCAAUACCCAAGUUUCCUUCAGCUAUCUUGAAUGAAGACGUGGGCGUGGUCGCGAGAUGGAAAACACACGGCCAUGAAUGUUGGGAAGGUAAAGGAAAAGUCGGAGACGGCGUCCGAUUUCAACCCACAUGUCAUCGAAUCGCGGCCUGGGGACGAAGAAAGGACGACAGCAUGUGAAGCUCAACCUGCAACAACGGGAGUCCAGUGCUCGAAUUGGACUAAGAACACCUGCACAGAGGAUCUUUUCACUAGCCUUAUCUUGGCUUUCCCCCUACCCAGCCCUGCAAGAGAAUACAGCCUAUCUGGCAAUGCACCACUAUUUCUCUACACCCUACCACGAUCGGUUUAUGAGAAACCUCCCAAAGAUCCAGAAACAGGAAAGAGGCCAGGAGAAAAAAUUGCCAAGAAAAUAGCAAGAAAAUGGCAAGAAUCAAUCCGAAAGGCGCAAGACAUAGAGCGUGGUGAUUACGCGAAUCCAAGCUGGUUAGAAAGAGCUUUGGGUGUCACUUUUCGGAUUCAAGUAUUCCAUUCGAGGAGUGCUUUCAAUCCUUUGCACCGGAGCUUGUCACAUGAACCAAAGCUGGCCACUUUGUCAGAUGAACAAGUAAAAGAAAGUAUCCUGAAUGAUUUCUUUCAAGUCAGUAAAAGAGCAAAAUUCCGGACUAUCAUGUUUCAUUCUGCCAUCGGCAUUAGUAGCGAGAUCACGCUCAAUCUGUUUCUCAUGAAUUUCCGAAGUGAGAUCUACGUACCAUUCACAUUCGAAAUCGCUCUAAUUUACUUCAUCAUUCAACUCAAAGCGUGGAGAACCGCCAGAUUUUUGCUUAGCCAAAACACGCGGAAAUCGAUGCAAUCAAGAGCAGCGGAGUGCGAGUUAGAAAAUGGGAAAGUUACUGGUGGUCUACUUCAAGUCAAGAUCCGGGAGUUGGCGGCCUUCCAGAAGAUCAAAAAUCGCGUCCAGCGCGCUGACAACUCACCAAUUUCCUCCCGCCGCGAGGCUUAAGACUAAAUCUGAUGCGAUCAAGUCGGUUCCCGAGCCAGAUUCCAAAACGGUCACAAAAACGUGGAAAAGUAUCCUAAAGAGGGACAGUGAUGAAAGCAAGAUUGCAGGCGAAGAAGACGUGAUCAAGCAUGAAUCCCAAAUUGCAGCUCCGAGGUUGGACAGCAUCAAAGGACAUCUUCUGGCGAGAAAUAAAUCAGUGAAUCAACCGAAAUCAGUCCCUAAUACCGAAAUCGCUUCAGCUUUGAUCAAGCUGUUUCAGGAAGUUUUGCCUCUUUCUAUCUCGACUAGACAUGAGUUAAACAACCGUAGGGUUGCUGAGGACUUCAACAGAGCAUUGAAAAUACGCACAAUGGCUUAUACUCGAUCAAUUCUUGCAAAUUCAUCGACAUCCAAUCAAACUUCUUGUGAUCAGUAAUCAUCAUCAUCAGACAACUUGAUUAGUCUUUGAAUUUCUGUGGCUUUUUGUAUACAUAUAAUAUGUGCCAACUGACACAUUACUCCACUUCCAUUGCACAUUCUUCAAUCCAUCAUAGAUCCCUUCCUUGGGCUGCAUUAUUUUCUUUCUCAUCCCAGUCUGAUUCUGUAUUUAUGUUCCCUAUAGACAGCGUUAUGCAAGUGUAUAAGACAGGUUUGUGGGACAUUAGGGGGGUUCACAACUGAAAUUUAUAAAGUCUUUAUAGUC